AUGGGUGCGCCUCACGAAGAGAUAUUAGCCCUCAAAAAACGCCGGGAGCAAAACCGAAUUGCACAGAGACGUCACCGAGAUAAUGUGAGACGGCGGUUGAGAGAUCUGGGCCUCGACACUCCCAGUCCAGUCUCUUCCAGACAAACGUCACCUUACUCAUCGAGAGACCGUACAGCCACACUAAAUUCUCACCAGAGCCUCAAGUCAACUGACGCAUUAUCGUUCGAGACCUCGAUUUCUGACACAAACAUGUCGCCAUACGAUGCGUCUUUGAAAAGCCUACUACGGCCAGGAGGCCAAAGUCCACUCGCUGAGAUCUCAUUCCCGACAUACUCCUCGUCUGUCUCACCAUCAUCCUCCGCUGGUCCACUGUCAAGUUCGACGUGUGCCGGUCAGAGGACGUACAAUGAUUUAACAGAACCUACUUCCUUGCAGUCUUUCUUCAAUUCAGCAUCGCUCGCGGUGCGCCUGGAUGAAAGUAAUAUGCCGUGCGGUGAGGGUGAUAAUUCCAUUCCGCAGGAGACGAAUAUCCCUCGAGCUCCAAACCUAGAGACUAUGUCUGAUACUUCGGCCCAUGAAGCCUACACAUUGACCUCGUCCACAGUUGGUGAACAAACUAGUUCAGAAGCUCUUCCAUUAAGCCAAGUCCCACCACAUUGCAGCACGCCAUUUCCGCCACGGGGACACCCACGAUGGACCACGCCGCUACAUAUGGCAGUCUCGCAGGGCAACUUUUCGGUGAUGCGUCUUCUACUGAGCUAUGGAGCGGACCCCAAUGCGAUCAACAGCGAAGGGGCUACGGCUCUCCAUGUUGGAGUGAUGAAUGGAAAUUACACGAUGGUGGCCGAGCUGCUCCAGCGGGGGGCCGAUCCCACUCUCACCAAUGCAGCGGGCUGGCUUCCCCUUCACCACGCCGUCCAUACGGGCAAUGAAAGUUGUGUACAAGCGCUGCUUGAGGCCGAACAGCUUGUUCAUCGUCCCACAUCAGCGUUAGAUUAUUCUUGA